GUGGGUUUGAAAGCGGCAGUUUCCUGGCAGCUUGGGCAGGCGUUGGUCUCAGCGCUCAAGCUCCGCAGCGGCCACGAUCGAUCCUGCGACGGUUCUACGCACGCUUCUGCGCGCCCCCGACGGAUUUUUCCCGUUCCGGCUCUUCCCCCUUUACCUCCCCGCCCCCCUGCUUCUGCCUUUCCCGCCGCUCCGGCGCGUAGCCCGGGGGCCAGCGGUCGGCUGUGACCCCGCCCGAAACCCCUCUGGAGCCGCCCGGGGACAAUCCCCUUCUCUUUUCUUCAGCCUAACCCGCUGGCCCUCGCGGACCCGGGCCAGCCCUGGGGAGCGCCGCCGGGCGGGGCGUCCGAGGGGCGUCUCGGGGCUUGGAACGGCCCGGCCCCCAGCGGGCUGUGGUCGGGGUGGGGCGCCGGAGCGGCGAGGCCCCCCUCUCCAGGCUGCGCGGGCCGCCCGGGGCCCCCAGGGUGAGAGGGGGCCGGAGCGGCGCCCCCGGCGCCCGCGCGGGGUCUCCCCCAUGGUGCAGCGGGGUUCGGGAUGUCGAAGACGCUGAAGAAGAAGAAGCACUGGCUCAGCAAGGUGCAGGAGUGCGCGGUGUCCUGGGCCGGGCCCCCGGGCGACUUGGGCGCCGAGAUCCGGGGCGGCGCGGAGCGCGGCGAGUUCCCCUACCUGGGGCGGCUCCGCGAGGAGCCAGGCGGGGGCACCUGCUGCGUCGUCUCGGGCAAGGCGCCCAGCCCGGGGGAUGUGCUGCUGGAGGUGAACGGGACGCCUGUCAGCGGGCUGACCAACCGGGACACCCUGGCUGUCAUCCGCCACUUCCGCGAACCCAUCCGUCUCAAGACUGUGAAGCCAGGUAAAGUCAUUAAUAAAGAUUUGCGACAUUACCUGAGUCUUCAGUUUCAGAAAGGAUCAGUUGACCACAAACUGCAGCAAGUGAUUAGAGAUAAUCUCUAUUUGAGAACUAUUCCAUGCACUACAAGGGCCCCCAGGGAUGGGGAAGUACCAGGGGUGGACUAUAAUUUCAUUUCUGUUGAACAGUUCAAAGCACUGGAAGAGAGUGGAGCAUUAUUAGAGAGUGGAACGUAUGAUGGAAACUUCUAUGGAACUCCCAAGCCUCCAGCAGAACCCAGCCCUUUCCAGCCAGAUCCAGUUGAUCAGGUCCUCUUUGAUAAUGAGUUUGACACAGAAUCCCAAAGAAAACGAACUACAUCUGUCAGCAAGAUGGAAAGAAUGGACAGUUCUCUUCCUGAAGAGGAAGAAGAUGAAGACAAGGAAGCUGUUAACGGUAGUGGAAAUGCAGCAGAAAACAGAGAGAGGCAUUCUGAGUCGUCUGAUUGGAUAAAGACUGUCCCAAGUUACAACCAAACAAAUAGUUCCAUGGACUUUAGAAAUUAUAUGAUGAGAGACGAGAAUCUGGAACCGCUCCCCAAAAACUGGGAAAUGGCCUACACUGAUACGGGGAUGAUCUACUUCAUCGACCACAAUACCAAGACAACCACCUGGUUGGAUCCUCGUCUUUGUAAGAAAGCCAAAGCCCCUGAAGACUGUGAAGACGGAGAACUUCCUUACGGCUGGGAGAAAAUUGAAGACCCUCAGUAUGGGACCUACUAUGUUGAUCACCUUAACCAGAAAACCCAGUUUGAAAAUCCAGUGGAGGAAGCCAAAAGGAAAAAGCAGUUAGGACAGGCUGAUACUGGGUCUUCAAAACCAGAUAUGGAAAAAUCACACUUUACUCGAGAUCCAUCCCAGCUUAAAGGAAUCCUUGUUCGAGCAUCAUUGAAAAAAAGCACAAUGGGAUUUGGUUUUACCAUUAUUGGUGGAGAUAGGCCUGAUGAGUUCCUACAAGUGAAAAAUGUGCUGAAAGAUGGUCCUGCAGCUCAGGAUGGGAAAAUUGCACCAGGUGAUGUUAUUGUAGACAUCAAUGGCAACUGUGUCCUUGGUCACACCCACGCAGAUGUUGUCCAGAUGUUUCAACUGGUACCCGUCAAUCAGUAUGUAAACCUCACUUUAUGUCGUGGUUAUCCACUUCCUGAUGACAAUGAAGAUCCUGUUGUGGACAUUGUUGCUGCUACUCCUGUCAUCAAUGGACAGUCAUUAACUAAGGGAGAGACUUGCAUGAAUACUCAGGAUUUUAAGUCAGGAGCGAUGGUUCUGGACCAGAAUGGAAAAUCGGGGCACACCUUGAUCAGUGAUCGUCUCAAUGGACCAUCAGAUCUGAGUGAGCAGAGAGCGUCUAUGGCAUCGUCAGGCAGCUCCCAGCCAGAACUAGUGACUAUCCCUCUGAUCAAGGGCCCUAAAGGCUUUGGGUUUGCAAUUGCCGACAGCCCAACUGGACAGAAGGUGAAAAUGAUAUUGGAUAGUCAGUGGUGUCAAGGCCUACAGAAAGGGGAUAUAAUUAAGGAAAUUUACCGUCAAAAUGUGCAGAAUUUAACACAUCUCCAAGUGGUAGAGGUGCUAAAGCAGUUUCCAGUAGGUGCAGAUGUACCAUUGCUUAUCUUAAGAGGAGGUCCUUCUUCACCAACUAAAACUGCCAAAAUGAAAACAGAUAAAAAGGAAAAUUCAGGAAGUUUGGAGGCCAUAAAUGAGCCCAUUCCCCAGCCUAUGCCUUUUCCACCCAGCAUUAUCAGGUCAGGAUCCCCGAAAUUGGAUCCUUCUGAGGUCUACCUGAAAUCUAAGACUUUAUAUGAAGAUAAACCGCCAAACACCAAAGAUUUGGAUGUUUUUCUUCGGAAACAAGAAUCAGGGUUUGGCUUUAGAGUGCUGGGAGGAGAUGGACCUGACCAAUCUAUAUACAUUGGGGCCAUCAUUCCUCUGGGUGCAGCUGAGAAAGAUGGUCGUCUCCGUGCAGCUGAUGAGCUGAUGUGCAUUGAUGGAAUUCCUGUUAAAGGGAAAUCACACAAACAAGUGCUAGACCUAAUGACGACUGCUGCUCGAAAUGGCCAUGUGUUAUUAACUGUCAGAAGAAAGAUCUUCUACAGUGAGAAACAACCUGAGGAUGACAGCUCUCAAGCCUUCCUUUCAACACAGAAUGGCUCUCCCCGCCUGAACCGAGCAGAGGUCCCAGCCAGGCCUGCUCCCCAGGAGGCCUAUGAUGUUGUCUUGCAACGAAAAGAAAAUGAAGGAUUUGGCUUUGUCAUUCUCACUUCCAAAAGCAAGCCACCUCCAGGAGUUAUUCCUCAUAAAAUUGGCCGAGUCAUAGAAGGAAGUCCAGCUGAUCGAUGUGGGAAGCUGAAAGUUGGAGAUCAUAUCUCUGCAGUGAAUGGGCAGUCCAUUGUUGAAUUGUCCCAUGAUAACAUCGUUCAGCUGAUCAAAGAUGCCGGUGUCACCGUCACACUAACAGUCAUUGCUGAAGAAGAGCAUCUUGGUCCACCAUCAGGAACAAACUCCGCCAGGCAAAGCCCAGCCCUGCUGCACAGGCCCGUGGGACAGUCACAGGCCAACCACAUACCUGGGGACAGAAGUGUCACAGAAGGUGAAAUUGGAAAAGACGUCUCCACUUCUUACAGACACUCGUGGUCUGACCACAAGCACCUUGCACAGCCCGACACUGCAGUGAUUUCAGUCAUAGGCAGUCGGCACAAUCAGAGCCUUGGUUGUUACCCAGUGGAGCUGGAGCGAGGCCCCCGGGGCUUUGGAUUCAGCCUCAGGGGUGGGAAGGAAUACAACAUGGGGCUGUUCAUCCUGCGUCUCGCUGAGGAUGGUCCUGCCAUCAAAGAUGGCAGAAUUCACGUUGGGGACCAGAUUGUUGAAAUCAAUGGGGAACCUACACAAGGCAUCACACAUACUCGAGCAAUUGAGCUCAUUCAGGCUGGUGGAAAUAAAGUUCUUCUUCUUCUGAGGCCAGGAACUGGCUUGAUACCUGACCGUGGUGAUUGGAAUAUUAAUAACCCUUCAUCUUCCAAUGUGAUUUAUGAUGAACAGUCACCAUUUCACCCAUCUUCACAUUCUGCUUCCAUAUUUGAAGAGUCUCGUGUGCCAGUAAUCGAAGAAUCUUUGAUGAGAGUUCAGAUAUGUGAAAAGGCAGAAGAAUUAAAGGACUUUGUGCCUGAAAAGAAAAGCACUUUAAAUGAAAAUCAGUCUGAUGUAAAACAUCAGUCUCUACUUCUCCAUAAAAAUGUGAAUAAAAGGGAUCCACCCAACAGUCAUGGGCACAGUGAUAAGAAAAAUCUCUUUAAAGUAGAAAAUGGUGUCACACCAAGAGGCAGAUCUGCUAGUCCCAAAAAGUCAGCCAGUCGAUAUUCAGAGGAACAUUUAGAAAAGAUUCCCAGUCCUCUAAAAAAUGACCCCAAAAGAAGACCCAGAGAUCGAUCACUCAGCCCCAGGAAAGGAGAGAAUAAAAGUAGUCAGAUCAGCACCAGGGCAGCUUCUGGACAAGAUCAUUGCAGAAAAAGCAGAGGACAGUCUUCAAGCCCAAAGAAGCAGCAAAAAACUGAAGGAAGCAAAGACCAAUCAAAUGCGAACCAAAGAGUAGGGGGCCAUGCUACCAACAAUGCUGAGCAGAUGUCAGAUGGGAAAGAAAGAUCAGGUGUUAUCAGGAAAGAUACAAAUCAGAGUCAGCCUGGAAAAAACAGAACCAGGUCUCCAGAGAAAAAAAGCAAGAGAAUGGAUGAAAAGUCCCUUGCAUCCAAAAAGACAAAUAACACUACUGGUAGAGCUAUAUCAGAAAAUGAAAAAGGAAAGAAAGCAAUCUUAGUAGAAACAAGUUCUAGUAAAGAUAAAAUAGGGGAAAAUGUCAAAAUAUCAGAAAAGAAGCCAAAGCAGGAACCUGAAGAAAGAAUGGUUUUAAACAAAAUAGAAGAUCACAAAAGAAAAGAACUAGAGGCAGCUGACAAAAACAAAGAGAGCGGAGGGUUCAAACCUGAAAGCGGUUCUCCAGCUAAGAAAACAACAAUAACUCCAGGGCCUUGGAAGGUGCCAAGUGCAAGUAGAGCCACAGGCACUACUGGUGUGGCUGAGAAGCGACUGUGACCUUUAGUAUAAAACAAAGAAAAAACAAGUUGUAAUUCUUUCCUACUAAAAAGCAGUGUUCCCCUCCCUCCCCCA